AUUUAUUACUAAAUCCGCGAAACUGUUAUUUAUAGACAAAAUACAAAAUCACUGACACGUGUAUAUUAAACGGAAACAUUUCACCAAAAGCAACAAACUAAAAGAAGAUUGAGAUUGAAGAGAGUUAUAAAAAAUGAGCCGCUUGCAGCUUUUUUCGUUAGCACGAACUAUUUGUCAUUUGUGAUAAAUCCACUUGCCUAAUAUUCACCUAAAUUUUUAUGAAAACUAAAGGAUACUAUCAAUUACAACAGAGAAUGUCUUCAAUUCAAUACAGAUGAAGUUGUUUUUAUUAAAUUCUGAUUAUAUUCUUUUCUUAUCCCUCACUAUAAUAUCUUUAAAUGAUUUCUUCGUCCAAUGUGACUUAUUUCAUAUUGAAUCCGUUGAACAAGACAAUCUAAAUAACAACAACAAUAAUAAAGAUGAGAGUGGUGUGAUCUACAAUGAUAAUAAUAAAGAAGGAGGAUUUAAAGGAACUGAGAAAGAGAUCAAACCAGUUAACCUCAGAUAUCAAUUCCAAGGUACACCCGAGAACAGAGAAGAUGUUAUCAGUGCAAAUUAUCCUUCAGUUACCUUUCCAAACGUGCAUGACAAUACGUUACCUGAAAGGAUAGUCACUAAUGAUGGAGUUGACAACACCUUUAGACUAAAUGAAACCUUGUUAAAUAAGCUGAAGAACACAUUUUCAACUGAUCAGAAUGUCUCUCAUCAACAGAAUAAUCACAAAAGGUCAAACAACCGAGUAUUCUCGGUACCCUCUUCCAGAUCAUCUUCAUUGGAGUCAAUGUCACAAACAAGAUCAACAACUAAAAUUGUUAAAAACUGGCCACCAAACGAUUAUCGUAUCGAAUUUAUUGAAGAUCUUGUUCAAAAAAAUAUUGCAAUAAAAUUUUUGGAAAAUGGUUUUAACGAUUUUUCACAGAUGAUUAUUUUGCCAAAGAUAGCAUCAAUUUAUUUAGUUAAAAAACGAAGAACAUUGCUGAAACUACAUAUGACAUCUUUAAAGCAGCUGGAUGAAUACACUUUGCCACCAUCAAAGAAAUCUCUCUCAGAAUGUCGUGAUUCAGAAUCAUGUGAAUCAGUGAAAGAAAUCAGUCUUCUUGCCAAAAUGCCUGAUGAACGAAUGAUAUGGUUAUGCUAUGUACAUCAUUAUCCGCAUGAAAAUCGUCCAAGUCUACAAGCUGAAAGUGGUUGUAUGGUUCCGACGAUUGAAAAUCUUGCUGUACCCUUAGUUCAAUGGGAAAAUCCUCAUUUCAAUUCAUUAUAUCCUGAUAAACCAGCAAGUGUUCUCAAUGCAGCUGAUGGAUUCACUUAUAUCUCUGCAUUUACAUUAGAAUAUUUACGAAUAUUUCGUGCUUAUAUGCCUGAUUGGAAUGGUAAUUUCAAUUGGACAGGAGCACUUGUUACAGAUAAAAGUCCAACAUUUAUAGCAGAGCCUGCACAAAUUUUACUGACAUUUGAAACAACUGAUGAAGUUUACUUUGUUCUUCGUGAACAACCAAGUUCUCAAAUGACAAAGUGUGAAACGAAACCAGAGAACCCGACAAAUCCAUUAUUUCACACAGAAAAUUUGAAAACAUCUGAACAAGCAUAUUGUUUAACAAGUAUAGCACGUUUAGUACGAGUGUGUAAAGGUGAUCCUGGUGGCCUACCGCAUAUUAGUGCCAAUCGUUUCGCUACCUUUGCAAAAGCUGAUCUAAUCUGUCCUGCUACAAAUGAAAACGGUGGAUAUUUCAGUUAUACUCAUAUAUCAAACGCUUAUUGGGAUAAUAGUUCACAGUUGUUGUAUGCAACUUUUACGACAGAAAAAUCUGCUCCAACUGGAAGUGCAUUAUGCGUCUAUGGUAUGAAUGAAUUUAAAGCUGCAUUUAGUGGACCUUUGGUACGCACUAAUGCUGUACAAAAUAAUAUUAAGUCAUCGCCAGUACCAAAUUCAUUUUCAAACAUUUGUUCAAGGUUCAAUUCAAAAAAUAGAACUGAUGAAGAAGUGACAAUCGGUCGACGUUUAUCCCUACGCUUUCCAUAUCGUUAUCUACCAGUUAAACCAUUGCAUGGUCAUGCUUUAAUAGCACAGACUGGUGUUAAUUGGUUGCAUUUACAAGCUUAUAAUCUGCCUGCAUUAACAAAUCAUUAUCAACAAGAAGAACAAGUAACAACAAGCAUAAUAUGGAUUGGUACAAAGAAACAGCUAACUCAAUUCGCUUUAUACACAUAUUAUGAUAUAACAGCAUCAGCAAGACAGAAUCACCCGACGUCUGGUCAAGAUAAACUGCCAACAACAACAACAACAGUUGCUACAAACACAGUUCUAUGUAAAUUAAAAGAGAUUCAUCUUGGAAGACAACUUGAAUCAUUCAUACCUCACAUAUCCUUUGAACCAUUAAAUUCAGGUGUAAAUAGUCAGUCGCCAACAAUAAAAUCCCAGUCACAUUUAGACAGAAAUCAUUCUUCAGGGAGAGUAGGUAGAAUCAAUUUACAUUCAGUUCAUUCUCCACAAGGAACUAGUGAUGAUGGUGAUGAUGACGAUGAUGUAGAUAGUGAAGAAACAUUUAAAGUUGACGAAGAAAUUCAGCGGAUAGAAAUAACAGCUUCAAACUUCUACAUCAUGACAAAUAGACAAUUAUUUCUUCUCCCGUUGACAAGAUGUUCAGAAUACAAGACAUUUGAUGAAUGCCUUCAAUUAAAAGAUCCACAUUGUGGUUGGAAUUGGCCUGAAGGUAAAUGUUCAAGUGGUUAUUUAUUCGACUCCAGUAUACAAAUUAAUCGUUUAAGUACAUUUUCUCCAUCAGUUGAUCAUAGACAACAAAGUUCACAUGAAUGUCCAUCAAAAAGUUAUUCGCUGAAUAAGGAUAAGGAUAAUUCAUGGACUCCAUGGUAUACAUGUGGUUGGAUAAAUUCACAACAAAUAAAUGAUCAAAUGCCAAUAACUAGUAAUGAGGAUGAUGACAAUAAUAAUCACGUUAAUAAUAAUAGUAUUAAUAUUGACGAAAAUACUACUGAUCAUAUUUCAAUGAAUCAACUUGGCAGUUGUCAAUGUCGUGUAUGCAUUAGUCAUACCAAUUGUAUUUUCGGUAUACAACAAGUGAAAAAUUGUACACGUUAUGACGAGAACUGGUUACCCUGGUCAACAUGGAGUGACUGCAGCUCAUCUAAUAGUAUACAGACAAGAAAAAGACAGUGUCGACCAAACGCAAUUUGUUCUGGCAUAAGUGUUGAGCACCGAUCAUGUCUAGACGAUGCAGUUUGGUUCAAACAGUCUAAUACACUGCCUAAAGCAGCUAGCUAUAAUAAACCGCGAAUUAGUUUCACAGGUCACACAGAUGGUUUCACGCUUACACAUCUAAUACUUGUAGCGAUAUGUGGACUCUUAACAGGCAGCUUAUUAACAAUUAUAUUAUUUUGGACGUGUAGGCGUCGUCGACGUCUGUUUGAUGAAGAUGAUCUUAUUCCAUCACCAAGUAAAAGACAUAUAAGCAUUAUUCCCUCACAUUGUCCAAAUCAUUUAUCUUAUGAAGAUCAACAGACCUGUUUAACCAAUAGUGAACCACUAGGUGUUAGUAAACAGUGGAGUUUAAUGGAUGAAAAAGAACCUAUCUGGUCUAACAAAUCAGAUUCAACAAUGGUGACAGGUGUAGAUCAACGAUAUGAAUUUUUGCCACCUAGUCAUAUGGCACCAACAGUAUACAAUAAAUCCAAUAGGUCAGUUAGUAGAAAGUCAAUAAAACUGCGUCAUUCAAAUUCACCUUGUUAUGAUAUACCAGCAAAUAUACACCUUCUGUGCAGUUCACCUUUACCCUCACCAACAUCAAUGGUAAGCAGUCAGUCAACUGCAUCAACUCUAUUGAAAGAUAAGUUUACAUUUGAUCCUUCUACAGAACAAAACCCGAAUUAUCUACAAGAUGAUAAAAAUAAUUUAAUCAAUAUUAUUCCUGAUAAUGUAACUGAAAGUUACAAUGAAAAUCUAGGAAAAUUAUACUUAGCUGGUUAUUUGUAUGCACCAAUAGAACCAUCACCACAUGACAGGUUGACAACAUCAACUGCCACAACAAUAACACCAGUUGCCACAACGAAAUUCAACUACAGGUUACCUCAACCUCAAGAAUAUUCUACUAUAAUGCCUUCUCGUAUUCAAAAAAAUACUAGUCUUGUUAUUCCAAAGCCUAUUAUAAUUCAACCUGCGUAUUCAUCAUACAUAAGAGAUGAAGAUAAGAAUAACAGCAACAUCAUGACAACAGCAACAACAACAACGACAAAAACUAUUAAUGGAGAGAUUCUUACAAUCACAGAAAAUCCAGUACACAUUGCAUAGAUUUCUGCCUAUCAGUGAAAUCCAUCUCCUACCUAUAAGAAUUCAAAAUUACUGUCUUUAGGUAAUAAUAAAAAAUAUAUAAAAAUUAACUAUCAAGAAAAAUAAAACAAAUUUAUAUUUAAUUAGUAUUUAAAAAUCAUGCAUACAUAUGUACAUGUAAAAAUCUAAAUUUAUUCAUUUUGUUUUAACUUAUUAUAGAAAAAUUUAUUUGAAAUUGUAUACAGCAAAACAUUUUCCAAGUUGUAUCUCACCAUUUCUGUGUACAAUCUUAUUUGUUUAUCUUAUCAUACUUUAAAGAUAUCUCCAAUACUAUUACUAAUAAUAAUAUUAUUAAAGAAAAAAUAUUAAAAGUAGAAUUUUUCAUCUAAUGGAAAUUUUGUAUUGUGGCAAGUAAGUCUUUAAUUGAAACCAUGUUCCAGAUAAAUACGGGUGUUGUCCAGUAGAAUACGAGAAACAAAAUAUAUAUCACUGAUAUGCUACUGUAACGACAGAAGACGAGGGCCA